GUUUAGCUCAGAUCAACCAGGUUAUACUAAGAUACUUACGCCUUGGACAGAUAGAGAUAUGUCACACGAUACAUUAAACUUAGAAAAGGCAUUAAAAGAACUGAAGUCUUUAAUUGAUAAUCAAUCGUAUCUAAAUCAAGAAAAAUUUCGUACUUGGAUAGAAAGCAUUUUAAGUAAAGUGGCUCACGAAACCAGUAAAAGUAGUCGAAUUGUAUUGAGUGGUGAUAUCUCAAUAACAAUAAAAAAAGCCGGACCAGCGUUUACGCUUUCGUUUCAACUUUCUGGAAAGUCGGUUGAUAUUGAUGUGGUUCCUGUAUUACUUUUUUCGAGCUGUAAAACACCACCAAACUGUUCAAAAUUGUCUAUUUUAGAAAAAUAUCAGCCGGCGGAUUCUAGAUAUUGGUCCGUAGUCCCUAAACCUUUGAAUAACAGUAAAGCCAGUUUUAGUGAUGCACGAUAUCGUUAUUGGCGAUUAUGUUUUAAGGAGUUUGAAAAAGAUAUACUUGAUAAUUAUAAUUAUGGACGCAUCAAGCCUAUAAUACGUCAUUUGAAGAAACUAAGAGAUACACAAAAGUGGAACAUCGCAAGCUAUUAUAUCGAAACAUUAUGUUUGAACGAAUUGGAUAUUUUUCGGAUUUCGAACAGACAAUCAUUUACUUCUUUGUUCUUUACGAUGUUACAAAAGCUUCGCGAAGCUUUUCGCGAAAGUAGCAUAAGAUACUAUUGGGACGAAGAUCUUAAUUUGUUGGAACAUGUUGGGCGUGAUGAAAUGAGAAGUAUGACAGGAAGAAUAAAUCACAUUAUACAAACUAUCGAGAAAACUAUCGCAAAUGAUAAAUAUGCAAUAGCAAGAUAUAUCUGUGAGUAUUUAUUUUUUAACGAAAUAUAAGUAUAUACAUAGAGCCACA